AUGGAUGGUCAGUGGCCGGUGAAGAACAUUGGACCGGUGGUUCCAUCCAAGUUCUUGGAUAACCGGUUGCCGGAAGACAAAGAUUAUGAACUCGGGGAUAGCAAAACCGAGCCAGACGAGUCUAUUUUGAGGUGGCUGGAGAAUAAACCAGCCAAGUCAGUAGUUUACGUGGCGUUUGGGACAUUGGUGGCUUUGAGUGACAAGCAGAUGAAGGAAACCGCAAUGGCCAUUAAACAAACCGGGUACAAUUUCUUGUGGUCGGUUCGAGAUUCAGAGAGAAGCAAGUUACCCUCAGGCUUUGUGGAAGAAGCUGUGGAGAAAGACACUGGAUUGGUGGCUAAGUGGGUCCCUCAGCUAGAUGUUUUAGCACAUGACUCAAUAGGUUGUUUUGUGACACACUGUGGAUGGAACUCGACGUUAGAGGCAUUAUGCUUAGGGGUUCCAUUGGUUGGGAUGCCUCAGUGGACUGAUCAGCCUACUAACGCUAAGUUUAUAGAGGAUGUGUGGAAGAUUGGGGUUAGAGUGAAGACUGAUGAAGAAGGGUUUGUGAGUAAGGAGGAGAUCGCAAGAUGUGUUGUUGAGGUUAUGGAAGGAGAGAAAGGGAAAGUGAUGAGGAAGAAUGUUGAGAAUUUAAAGGUGUUGGCACGUGAGGCUAUCUCAGAAGGAGGUAGUUCCGACAAGAGCAUUGAUGAGUUUGUUGCUAUGAUGACUUGA